GGCGAGGAGGGCCGAGGGGGCGGGGCCGCGUGGCGUCAGCGCAAGAUGGCGGCCUCGGCGGCGCUGCUCCUGCGCUUGCGGAGCGGGCUUCGGCUCGGCACGCGGGGGCUGUGCGCGAGGCUGGCGCCGCCGCCCCCCCGGGCCCCGGACCAGGCUUCGGAGAUUGGGAGCCGAGGGGGCCCCAAGGCCCAGGCCCAGGGGCCACAGCAGCAGCGAGGCAAUGAGGGGCCCGGCUAUGCCAGGAAGGUGGCACUGUGGCUCGCCGGGCUGCUGGGCGCCGGUGGCACCGUGAGCAUCGUCUAUAUUUUCGGAAACAACUCCGUGGAUGAAAGUGGUGCCAAGAUUCCUGAUGAGUUUGACAAUGAUCCAGUUCUGGUACAGCAGUUGCGCCGGACGUACAAAUAUUUCAAAGAUUAUAGACAGAUGAUCAUCGAGCCCACCAGCGCCUGCCUCCUCCCAGACCCUCUGCGGGAACCCUACUACCAGCCGCCCUACACCCUGGUGCUGGAGCUCACCGGCGUCCUUCUGCACCCCGAGUGGUCGCUGGCCACUGGCUGGAGAUUCAAAAAGCGCCCGGGCAUUGAGACUUUAUUCCAGCAGCUCGCCCCUUUGUAUGAGAUUGUCAUCUUCACGUCGGAGACGGGCAUGACGGCGUUUCCCCUCAUCGACAGCGUGGACCCCCAUGGCUUCAUCUCCUACCGCCUCUUCCGUGAUGCUACGAGAUACAUGGAUGGACACCAUGUGAAGGACAUUUCCUGUCUGAACCGGGACCCGGCGCGCGUGGUGGUUGUGGACUGCAAGAAGGAGGCUUUCCGGCUGCAGCCCUUCAACGGCGUGGCCCUGCGGCCCUGGGACGGGAACUCAGACGACCGCGUCCUGCUCGACCUAUCCGCCUUCCUCAAGACCAUCGCCCUGAACGGUGUGGAGGAUGUCCGGACGGUGCUGGAGCACUAUGCCCUGGAGGAGGACCCCCUGGAGGCCUUCAAGCAGCGGCAGAGCCGGCUGGAGCAGGAGGAGCAGCAGCGUCUGGCCGAGCUGUCCAGGUCCAGCAAGCACAACCUCUUCGGCGUACUCACGAGCCGCUUGUGGCCUCGCCCCAAACAGCCCUGACCUCGGGGCCUCCUCAGACUCAGUGCGCGUCCCCCGCCAGGCUCGGGCAGCCCCAGGCGCAAUAAAGUCCAUCCCAGACGCCAA